AUGGCAAAGGGAAAAAUUGUCUCCAUUGCCAAUCAAAGAGUACAGGACCUACCGAGAUCAUGCCAGCUACCGACGAUUGAGCCUUUUAGAAAGCGAGCGAAUGAAAGACAUGCGGGUGUUACCGGAAAAAUACGGCGUGAGAUGGCUCCCUUUCUGUGGUAUUCUGUGAUGGGUAUUCCGCAAAGUAUUAAUCCGGAUGACGACCCUUUCGUGCAGUUGCUUCUCAUGAUAGACUUUUUGCAACGCAAACUUCUUGGUAUUAACCAGAAGCCUGAAGUUGCCAGCAAGACGAGGGAAGAUAUCAGUGACACAGCAAGGCUGGGAUAUGAAGUUGGAAAAAAGGCAGCGACUGUACUGAAUUGUGCAGUAAACACAAAGUUACACAGAACAAUGAGGCACAUAUCAGACCACUACCUGGAUUUCGGAUGCUUUAGGAAAGGGGCCACUGACGGCAAUGAGACACUUCACAAAGCAACAAAGUUAGCGUAUCGCUCGACAAACAAGCAGCUGUCUAAAAUUGCCCCCCAACUGCUGAGCGCUAGAGCCAUCAUUGAAACCAAAAAACAUGAUGCCCACGGUUCGCAAUCCAGAUCGCAGCUGCUGCUGACUCGUAGACCAGUAGUAUUGUCGAACAAAAAUAUGCCAGAGCCAUGCACUGCACAAGAGGCGGCUGAGUCUGUGAUUCCAGAAGGGCAUGUAGAUCGUUUUGUGUUAUUACUGGAGCAGGACAUAGAGGACACGGACUCAUCAGAAGAUGCUGAGAAGGCGAUUACAAGAUCGUUGCAGCCAUCUACAAACCUUGCCAUAUACCGUGUAGCUAAAUCAAUCAGAUUUCUCGCAACUGUGCCUUGGUGUCUGGAACAAAGUUUUUCGCAGACGAUCUACGCUGGAUAUAAUGUAUUUGGUUACGCCCGACAAGAUGCAAUUCAGUAUAAGAAAGAUGGCGGCCAGAUCCAUUUUGGAGUCGUUCAGGCGAUUUUUUCUCAUGCUGCUACUGCCAAAAGCAGAAUAGCUUUAGUCAGGAGGCUGGAAGCAACUACACCCGACAAUGGCAAUGUAAAAGUUGUGCUAGAGUUUGGCAAUGAAAGGCUUAAAUACGUGCAAUACAAGGGAGAUGUGAAGCUGGACUGUGUCUUGCCAUCGUCCCUAUUUCGACCGGCAAUGUUAAUACCAGACCCUUGGGUAGUGUCAAAGCUAUAUGGGCUGCAAAGAAGGAUGAAUGAUCUACCUGAUACGCCUACGACGCGUAAGAACAUGAGGUUUUUUGAAGUGGCGGGUUUUAAAUACACAUCCUUACCGGAACAGGUUUGUGUUUGA